AUGCAGGCGACGCAAAUGCACUCUCACGUGCCAAGCCAAGCUCCCAUGCAAGUGGAGUCGGGCGCGUGCGGGCCGUUCACGGUGGCGCAGUGGCAGGAGUUGGAGCAGCAGGCGCUCAUCUUCAAGUACCUCGUCGCGGGAGCCCCUUGCUUAACAUUCCCCUUUUUUUUGCCAUUUCCCGCCCUGCCCUCGCUCCAUCAUGCCCACGCGCCUACGCGCUCGCGUGCACAGGUGGUGGCGGAGCAGAAGUACUGCGAGCGCCACUUGCACCGCGGGCGCAACCGAGCACGCAAGCUCAACGACAAGGCCACGCCCGGAACCUCCCUCGUGGCUGACGAUGGGGAAACCACCCCUACAGCCACCACUGCCACCACCGCCACCACUGCGACCACGGGCACUGGUGCCGCGGAUGGAUGUCUCACGAGCGAUGGAGUGCGGGCUAUGGAGUCUGUGGACGAUGGGCGGGGCGCCAGCACUGGUGUGAUGGACGCCAGUGCAGGGGGUGGUGGGGUGGGGACUAGUGGUGGGGCUGGCGGGGUUGCCGACAGGACAGGCAGUCCGUCGAGUGGCAACAGCGGUGGAGAUUUUGCGUCUGCGGAGUGUGCAGCAGGAAGGGAGAAUGAUGCGUGUGGAUGGGUUGCGGGAGGGCGCGUGGGAGGGGGUGGUGGUGCGGAGAAGAGUGGGGCAACGGGCGAGGGGAAUGGAAGGAGGGAGGGUGAGCCGUGUCACGGGGUGGUAACGGCGCCAGCCUCUGCUGCUGGUGCGGCUUCUGAGCCUGCAGGUGUCGUCUGUGUGCCUGCAGCUGUGGUGUGUGUGUCCACCAGAGAUGUGAUUUCCCCAGUGCCUUUGCCCACAGGAGUGGUGUCUGUGGUGUCUACACCCACCGGGGCAGUGGCAGGCGGACACCCGCCUCCUCUUGCUCUCCCGCCCCCUGCUCAUGCUGUGGAGGGCCGCUCUCAGCAGGUGCAACAGCAGCAGCAGCAGCAGCAGCAGCAGCAGCAGCAGCAGCAGGAAAGAUUGCCUGCUGGUUCCCCUCUGGCUGGGUCCCUGCCUGGAGUCGUUUCCGUGGUACAGCCAAGCCCGAAACUGACCCAAUCUGAACCCAACACUCAACCCAACACACUCGCUUCUACGCGUACUGUCAACCCUGCUGUUGUUGCUGCCAUGGCUAAUGCAUCGCCACAGCAACGGGAAAUGGGGAACAUCCAGGGAUCUUCCAAAACUAGUGGUGCUGCUGCUACCCUCAUGAAAGGGGACAAGCAGAUUGGCGCUGCUCCCAUGGAUGUGGAUGCACAGAAGCAAGGGAGCCAGGUUAUUGCCAAUGGAGUGGUUGUAUCGCAGGCGAGAUCUGAUGCGGGUGCAGGAAAGGGGGUGGAAAGGCCAACAUGUGUCAGUGGGAGCUGCAACGAGGAGGUUGUUAUCGUUGAUGGGAAGGACGCCUGCCGCUUGGUGUCUGGCGAAGGAGCGAAGAUGGGGCAACUUUCUCAGAUGCGUUCCAGAGCAUCGCCAAAUUGUGUGCUGCCAUCUCCAUUUCAUGGUUCAGAUGGUGGGAGUGGUGCAGAGAGCCCAGUGGACAUCUCUCCACUUGGGCCUGGCGUGGAGCCGAGCAUUCGAGGCGAGGUGUGGCCGUUCCUCCUGGGGCUAUACUCGCCCAACAGCACGCACGAGGAGCGGGACGCCAUGAGGGAAGCACGGCGUGAUUUCUACGCGAGGUUGAAGCAGGAGUGCAACGAGGUGGAUCCGGUGGUGGGCAGUGGCGUGGUCGUGGACUUCCCCCGCGUGCUCGAGGACGGCUCUGACGUCCCCCUCCCCUCCUACUACAGCGGCCCGCACAUCGACGACCCCUCUUCCACACAUGUAGAUGUGAAUAGAGGAGGAGCAGCAGGGCGGGACGGUGGAGAGGGGCAGAGUGCGGUGCUGACGGAGCGGGAGAGGCUGGUGGGGCGCGUGGGGGAGGAGCGGGUGCGCAAGUGGCGCUUGGGGCUGCAUCAGAUAGGCGUGGACGUGCAGAGGGCGGAUCGCACGCUCGUGUUCUACGAGGAGGAGGGCAACCGCUCGCGUCUGAUGGAGGUUUUAGCGGUUUAUUCCUGGUUCGACCCCGACGUGGGGUACUGUCAAGGUAUGAGCGACCUCAUGUCGCCCUUCAUUGUCACCUUCCCCAACAACGCUGAUGCUUUCUGGUGCUUCGAACGCCUCCUGCGCCCCAUUCGGAGCGACUUCAUGGGAACAUCAGCGAGCAUAGGCGUGCAGAAGGAGAUUGACAACCUCAAGAACAUCACGCGUGUGCUCGACCCCGAGCUCUACGCGCAUCUUGACGAGAUAGGAGCGGGGUCCAUGUUCUUCACAGUGCGCCCCAUCAUGGCCAUGUUCCGCCGGGAGCUCUCCUUCGCUGACUCCAUCUACUUUUGGGAGAUGAUGUGGUCGUGGGAUUACGAUGCUCGGGAUGCGGAUCUACUAGCCAUGGCGGACCAAUCCGUGUUAAAUCACCACGCCGUGAACUUCCCUCAUUCCGCCGCCUCCCCGCAUGCCCUCCACCAAAACUCGUUUGCGGCCGCCACCACCGCUGCUGCAGAAGCAGCCGCAGCGGCCGUGGCAGCGUGUGAGAGCUCUGGCUCUGGCUCCUCUGGGGUCGAAGCGAUCCCGUCUGGUGCGGCCAAAGCUGCUGCCAAGGCUGCUGCUGCGGAAGCUGUUGCUGCGGCCGUCUCGUCUUCUGGGAGAUCUGGGGUGGACGGGGUGACGCCUGGUGCUGCCCGGAUGGCCGGUGCUGCGGCUGCAGUGGUGCGGGUUGCUGGGAGGGAGGAGGAGGGGCAGCAGGGGGGGAAAGGGAGGGCCAGCCCUUUGAGACCAGGCACACGCUCCACCGCAGCAGCAUGGGCGAGUGUGGAAGCAGCAGUCACCUCUGGCGCUCUCACGGACACCAAAAGGAACUCCUCGUCCGACCCUGCCGGUCCCGGUGGCGGCAGUGCUGCUAAUUCCCGCGCCAGCACCCCCUCACUCCCCGCCAACCGCCUCCCCUCCCGAAAGCACCACAGCGAGCGCAAAGUCCCCGCCGCCGCCACCACCCCCCCCACCACCAACAACAGCACAGGCAGCCGGGCCAUAGAUGGGGCUCGCUCCCGCAGCUGGGCGGGCGUGGGGCCGUACAGGAAAGACGUGAUCCGUUACGUUACCCUAGAUGCUUCUGCUGGCAAGCUAGCUGCUAGCAAGAGCGCCAAGUACCUCUCCUCGCGGCGCUCUGCUGUGGCUCUCUGGCACAAGGCGCAGAAGCUCGCAGGACCGGUGGGUACGGCUGCUGCUACCGCUGCCAUGCCGGGUGAUGCUGUGGUGUUUGCUGUCUCGGCGUUUGCCGGCCGACCAAUCACACCAACGUAUGCUGCUGCUGCCGGUGCAGGUGCCGGUGCCGGUGCCGGUGCUGCUGCUGCUGCUGGUGGUGCUGGUACAGCUUCAGUUCCGCCGCAGCUGAAUCUGCCUCCGAAGGCCCAUCGACGGACAGGAUCGUUCGGGCUUGGAAGAAGAGGCAGCAAGAAGCACCCCCACACCGCUGCACCUGCUUCCCCCACACCACAGCAGGCGCCCUCAGCAGCAACAACCGAAUCCGCGCUAGAAGCAGCAGAAACAGCAGUAGAAAAAGCAGCAGAAGCAGGAGCGGUAACAGGAGCAAGUGCAGCAGAUGCGGCGGCAGCAGCGGCAGAGGAGGCGGGGGCGAUAGUGCCCCCGCAGCCGUCGGCGUUCUAUGCUCUUCCAGAGUCGGCGGGGGUGGCGGUGCCGUACGUGCGGAGGGAGGAGCAGGAGCGCAUGACGACCUUCUGUGUGCUCGCCAUUGUGCUCAAACUGAGGGACGAGUUUAUCGACGACGCCUCUGGGCUCGACGAUGUGGUGGAUGUGAGUGUAAAGGGGGAGGGGGUUUGCAGGGGAGAGAGGGGGCGGGCGGGCGGUGGUGGUGUGCCGUAUGUGCGGAGGGAGGAGCAGGAGCGCAUGACCACCUACUGUGUGCUCGCCAUUGUGCUCAAACUGAGGGACGAGUUCAUUGAUGACGCUACUGGGCUCGAUGAUGUGGUCAAUGUGAGUGUAAAGGGGGGAAGGAGAGAGAGGGGAGGGCGUGUGGGUGUGGGGCAGCAGUGGGGGAGUCCUGGGUAUAGAGCUUCAAUGCAGCAGCAGGGUCGUGGGACGUGA